AUAGGAUAAACUUAGUAGGCAGUGUAUGUUAGUUGUUGUAUAGCGACAAGGGUGUUAGACCUGUGCCGUAUGGACCGGCUCUGUGAUGUGCUUUGCUAGCGCUGUGUCGAAAUUAUACAGAUAGCCAUCGCACCACCAAAUCAAAGAAUCUUUAUUUUAGCCUCCUAUUAUUUCUCCGCGAGCAUAUCAGACGGGCUGGCGGCAUAGCAUAAGGCGAUUGCAGGUGUGAUGAAGCUUUCUUCGAAGCAACAAUCUAUGUUCGCGACGCUAACCAUCUCAAGCACUAGCGCUUUUCUUGCAUGGAUGGGCGACCUGGCGAGGUUCUAUUGGCAUCCGACCCCAGACCUUUUUAAUGCUCUUUCAUCAACAGCUCCUCUAUCUUUUCUUCAUCCCAUUGUCGAACGAUAUUUCGUGUAUCCGAUGUACGGAAAUGAGAAUUCGUCCCGAGAAUUCCCAGUCAUUGGAGCAUGCUACUCCGCGGGUAUUGGCGAAAAAAAUGAAUGAGAGCGGCAGUAUAGCCGAUAGUGCUAUGUGAUGAAGUGUGAGUUGCUUGUAGAUGCUCUCUACUAUCCAGGAUAGCCCAGCAGUAGUAUAUUUGUGCUCAAACAUCAACAGGGAGUGACUCGCCGAAACAGAGAUCUGACUAUAUCUAAUAUAUCUAAGCCUCUUGAGACUCAUAAGACGAUAAAGGGGCUAUAUAGGCAACCUUUCCGUAAAGGCUUUAGCGUCUUGUGAUGAUUUUAGAUGGCCCUAGAAAAAAUCGAAGUAAUAAUAGAUAUGGGAGGGUCCAGGCCCCCAGGGUCAUGGGUAGUGCCAAGGUGACCGUGGCUUUAACUUGUGCCGCCCCUUGGCCGGCUUUCUUCCCAUCGUUUAAGAA